CCUCUGCUCGUCAUCAUCAUACCCCCACUUCUGCAUCUCCGGGUUCUUCCCCACCGGCUUCCACCACGUAGACAAGGAAACGUUCCGUUGAUGGCUCCCGCCAUACCCCCCAGCCACCGCCGCUGGAAGCUCUAUGAUACCCGUCGGCGUGCGUACGAGAUUGAGCUCAUCACUUGGAUCGCGGAUGCGCUGGCUGGCUCCGGCGGUAGGAUCGUCUACUCUUCGUCGUCGGCCGCGUCGCUUGCCAACAACAUAAGCUGCGACGACACCGCCGAUGGCGGCCAACGCGAGGGGAAUACCUAUCCCGAGACCGAUCUUUGCGCCUUCUGAGAGACCUGCUUUGGGUUCUGGGGAAGGCGAGGCUGUUGGGGGUGGUGUGUUUGUUGGUUCGGUGGAUGGCUGGGGGGUUUCUGUCGGUGAGGGGGUCUCAGUCGGUGGUGGCGUUUCGAUCGAUGAUGGAGUCUCUGAUGGCGGAGAAUCGGUCGGUGAUGAUGUUUUUGUUGGUUUCGGAGACUGUGUCGGGGUCUUUGAUGGGUUUUUGGUGGGUGAGGUGGUUGGGUCGGUAGAGGAGACUCACUUUGAAUCAUUGGAAGAAGAUUUAGAAGAUUUCUCGGAACUGGUCGUUGCUCGAGGGACCACAUCGCGAGGAUGUCGAAGUGUCGAGUCCACCGCCGCCACACUCUGCAGAGCCGUGACGGCUACUACGAAUAACACUGAGAAUCGCAUCUUUGACGCAUACGCGGGGCGUAGUAAUUGCCGGAAAUAAA